GCCAAUCACUGCGCGAAGACCUCGCAGUGCAUCCCGGGACCUCCGCUGGGUUCUUUGUCCCUCACGCCGUGGUAGUUCUCGCCCCUGGGCCUGCGGGCUGUGCCGCUGCAUUUGAGCGGUUGUCGGGAGGAAGGCCCGGGGUUUAUUUGACCUGGGCCUCGUGGCAUUUCCCUGGGUCUCCCCAGCCUGUGGGGCCCUGAGUGGGGAUCGGCACUAGUACCGAUGAGAAAGUGACCCAGAGCUGGAGGAAGAAGAGGAGGAAAUGGCAGCUUCUCAGGGACUUCUGACAGUCAAGGAUGUGGCCAUCGAUUUCUCUCCAGAGGAGUGGGAAUGUCUGGACCUCGGUCAACGGGACCUGUACAGAGAUGUGAUGAUAGAGAUCUGUAGGCACCUGGUCUCCUUGGAGUAUGUUAUCUCUAAGCCAGACCUGGUUCGCUUGUUGGAGCAAAAGACAGAUCCCUGGGAUGUGAAGGGAAUGGAGACAGUAGCCAUACAGCCAGCUCUGUCUUCUCAUGACAUCCAGGGUUUGAUGCCACAAAACCCAGGCAUGGAGCUUUUCUUACCAACAAUGCUGCUGGGAAAAUAUGAAAGCUCUCCUGUUGGCGCUUUUGAUUUAAUUAGAGGCAGUGAAGGUAAGGGGGCGUGUGAAAGGCGGGAAGGUUGUUAUGAUGCACAUGCUCCUCACGGGACUUUUAUCCAUACGGAAAACAUUGCUGCUAAAAGAGAUCAAGGAUCUAAAUCAAACUGUGAGAAACUCCACUUUAAGUCAGUACCAUUGGCAGAAAAAUAUAUUUUUGUAAGCAAAGACCCAUGUUAUGUAUUGAAACAUAGAUCUUCUCUGAAAGGAAAUUUGGAAAAUCAGGAUGAUCCUAUAGACUGUACUACAAAUGAUGAUGCAAAACAUGAAGGUAUGCUUGGACGAAACAUUCAUUCAAACAUUUAUGAACACCAGAGGUUUAAAAAUGGAGGGCAACCCCCCCAAAGUGAUCAAAUUGGGAGAUCUAAUAGCAAGGGUUCAUCAAUCUUCAACGAACAAAUAUUUCCUCAUUGUUCUGACAACCCUAAUGUUGACACUAAUGGGGAGGUCUUAUUCCAACCAUCAUCAAUCAAUGGGUGUGAUAAUAUAGUUAAUAUUGACCAACAUGCCAUGUGUACUAAAGUGAGCAAGGCCUUCAGCAAGAGCUGUGUAUUCAGUGAUUAUAAGAGUAUACACACUGGAAGAAGAAGUGAUGCCUGUGUUGAUUCUCAGACUAACUUUGACCCGGACUCAUAUUUCAUGAAACAUCAGGGAACUGAAUUUUCAGAGAAGCAGUCAAUAAGAAAUCAACAUAGGAAUGUCAUUUCUCAAAGCUCAGAUCUCACAGCAUUUCAGAGAAUUUGUAUUCGAGUGAAAGCUUGCCAUUUUCGUGAGUGCAGCCAAGUUUUUAGCCAGGCUUCAAGACUUACUCAACAUCAGCAUCAUCCUACGAGGAAGAAAGGAUGCAGGUGUGAAGAAUGUGCAAAAGUCUGUAAUCAGUCAUUAAAUCUGGGAAGAGAAAGGAAAAAACAUACUGGAGGGAAACCUGACAAAUGUGAAGACUCUACAUUGUAUUCAGCCUUUACUGGACAACAUCUAAUUCAUACUACAAAGAAGCCUCACAAAUGCACAGAAUGUGGCAAAUCCUUUAGACGGCGUGCAUGUCUUUCUGAGCAUCAGAGAAUUCAUACUGGAGAGAGGCCUUACAAAUGUACAGAAUGUGGGAAAGCCUUUAGAUGCCGUUCAUAUCUUUCUGAGCAUCAGAGAAUUCAUACUGCAGAGAAGACUUACAAAUGUACAGAAUGUGGCAAAGCCUUUCGUUGGCAUUCAUCACUUGCUCAGCAUAAGAGCUCUCAUAAUCGAGAGAAGCCUUACAAAUGUACAGAAUGUGGCAAAGGCUUUAAUCGGCAUUCAUCUCUUACUGAGCAUCUGAAUUCUCAUACUGGAGAGAAGCCUUACAAAUGUACAGAAUGUGGCAAAGGCUUUAAUCGGCAUUCAUCUCUUACUGAGCAUCUGAGAUCUCAUACUGGAGAGAAGCCUUACAAAUGUACAGAAUGUGGCAACGCCUUUCAUUGUCGUUCUCAUCUUACUCAGCAUCUAGUUUCUCAUACUGGAGGGAAGCCUUACAAAUGUACAGAAUGUGGCAGAGCCUUUCAUUGGCGUUCUCAUCUUACUGAGCAUCUGAGAUCUCAUACUGGAGAGAAGCCUUACAAAUGUACAGAAUGUGGCAAGGCCUUUAAUAGGCAAUCUCAUGUUACUGAGCAUCUAAGAUCUCAUACUGGAGAGAAGCCUCACAAAUGUACAGAAUGUGGCAAAGCCUUUCGUUGUCAUUCUCAUGUUACUGAGCAUCUGAGAUCUCAUACUGGAGAGAAGCCUUACAAAUGUACAGAAUGUGGCAAAGCCUUUCAUCGGCAAUCUAAUCUUACUGAGCAUCUGAGAUCUCAUACUGGAGAGAAGCCAUACAAAUGUAAAGAAUGUGGUAAAGCCUUUCAUUGUCGUUCUCAUCUUACUGAUCAUCAGAGCUCUCAUACUGGAGAGAAGCGUCACAAAUGUAGAGAAUGUGGCAAAGCCUUUAAUUGGCAUUCAUCUCUUACUCAGCAUCUGAGUUCUCAUACUGGAGAGAAGCCUCACAAAUGUAAAGACUGUGGCAAAGCCUUUACUUGGUAUUCAUCUCUUACUCGGCAUCUGAGUUCCCAUGCUGAAGAGAAGCCUUACAAAUGUACAGAAUGUAGCAAAGCCUUUCAUCGGCAAUAUCAUCUUACUGAGCAUUUGAGAUCUCAUACUGGAGAGAAGCCAUACAAAUGUACAGAAUGUGGCAAAACCUUUCAUUGGUGUUCUCAACUUACUGAGCAUCUGAGAUCUCAUACUGGAGAGAAGCCAUACACAUGUACAGAAUGUGGCAAAACCUUUCAUUGGCAUUCAUCUCUUACUCAACAUCUGAGAUCUCAUACUGGAGAGAGGCUGUACAAAUGUACAGAAUGUGGCAAAGCCUUUCAUUGGCAUUCAUCUCUUACUCAACAUCAGAGAUCUCAUACUGGAGGGAAGCCUCACAAAUGUUCAGAAUGUGGCAAAGCCUUCCACUGUCAUUCACAUCUUACUCAGCAUCUGCGUUCUCAUACUGGAGAGAAGCCGUACAAAUGUACAAAAUGUGGCAAAGGCUUUAAUCAGCAUUCAUCACUUACACGGCAUCAGAGAAUUCAUACUGGAGAGAAGCCUUACAAAUGUACAGAAUGUGGCAAAGCCUUUCGUUGGCAUUCAUCUCUUACUCAGCAUCUGAGAUCUCAUACUGGAGCGAAGCCUUUCAAAUGUACAGAAUGUGGCAAAGCCUUUCGUUGGCAUUCAUCUCUUAUUCGGCAUCAGAGAUCUCAUUCUGGAGAGAAGUCUUAAAAAUGUACAGAAUGUGACAAAGUCUUUAGUCAGCUGUCAGGUUUUUAUCAGCAUUGGUGACCUCACACUGGAGAGAAACCUUACAAAAUGUACAGACUGUGACAAAUUUUAAGUGGCAUGCAGGCUUGACUCAACAUCAGGGAAUCCAUACUGGGUAAAAACCAUACAGAUGUAAUAAAUGUGGCCAAGCCUUUACACUUUUGCCUUUUUUUAGGGCCACACCUGACAUAUGGGGGUUCCCAGGCUAGUGGUCUAAUCAGAGCUGUAGCGACCAGCCUACACCACAGGGACAGCAACGCAGGAUCCU